AUGAAUAAUAGUGAAAUUUCCAGUGAUACUUCUGAUGAUAGUAAUGUAAGUUCGGCAGAGUCAGAUAUUUUUAUUAGACAACCAAGCGGUGGCACAGUUGAUAAUUAUCAAAAACAAUUAGAAGAGCAGCAUAAAAAGCACCAGGCUGAAUUGGCCGAAAUGAUGAAAAAUUACGAGGCCAACGCCCAAGCCGCUCUAAAAGAAAGCGAAAAUAGUUUAAAAGCCGAAAUUAAGGCCUUAAAUAAACAGUUAGAAGAGGCCAAAGCCGAAAAGAUUAAAUUAGAAGAGAAAAUUGUUGAAAUUGAAAAAUUGCGAAAAGAGCAAGAAGAGACUGUGGCUAAAUGCGAAAAGCAACGGGAAGAAUUGGACCAGUUAAAAGCAGAUGGUAAAAUUAGAGAAGAAGAAUAUCAAAAUCGGCUAAAUAUUAUCGAAAACGACCGCAAGAAAGCCCAGCAAGAUUUAGACCAGACUAUGGCCAGUUUAGGGGCCUAUAAAAGACAGUUAGACGAACAAAAAGAGAAAGAAAAGAAUUUAAAUGAGGAAAUAAAAAAAGGACAAGAGGGCUUAAUUAGUUUAAAAGAUAAGUUGGGAGAAACCAGCCAAAAAUUGAAUGAUUUAGCGAAUAAGUAUAAUGUUAAUGUUUCCGUGCCUGAUUUUUCUUCUUAUCAUGAUACGGAUAGUGAAAGCGAUAUAGAGCCGCCAAAGGUUCCCUUACAAAAUAAUCAGAAUUUUUUCCCAGAAGUGGGAAAAAAUAAGAUAUUACAAGAGGAAGAAGAAACUCAUACUCUCCAUCCGGUCGCCAAAACUAAAUAUGCGAUCAGUUCCGACCAAGAAUUAAUUUUGGUUCUUACUAAUCUGAUUGCUAGUAUCGAUAAUAUGCCUUAUA